ACUUAAAACACUUAUCAAACAGUACUUGAAAGUUAAAUAGACUUCAGAUAGUGAGAUAGACAGAAAGUAUCCUGUCCUGUCGUAUUGUUAUAUAAGUUAUAUUUUGUGGUCGUAUUCAAAGUUCAUGUAAUGUAAUCAUCUGUUCGUUUGUCGUUAUUUGUAAUAAUAUUAUGAUUGAAUUGUUAAUAAUAUUGUAAAUUAUACAAAUAUUAUAAACUGUAAUAAUUAAUACUGCUAACAUCCAAUUGGUUGAAGUGGUGGAUAAGGAAGUCUCGGCCUUGGAGUUAUAAUAAUUAAACGAUUAAGAGGUGCUGUUUUUAGUUCCUUUUUAGUUUUAGUGUGGAAAAAUGGCUCUUGGAAAUUCAGAACCUCAGUAUGAACUGCUAAAUGGAAAAAAGAAAUAUGUUCAGCCAAUCAUACAUUCUAUGGUUUUAAUUGGGUUAGCUGUUCUUGUGGUGUUUGUAGUAGUUCUGAUGUUUUAUGUAUCCUGGAUGAAAUUUGAAGACUCCAAUGAUCUUAAUACACCUAUGGACUAUGUUCUUUAUGGUCCCCAAAAAUAUACAAAUUCAUUUAUUGCUGCUUAUCGUGCUCACACAUUUGCUAUUGCUGCAAAAUCAAACUAUAAACCAUACUGGACUGCUAAGGAAAAAAUUAAUCUCAACAAACGCAUUGAAAAGACAUAUCAUCUGGCCUGUUAUUAUUCUAUACCAAUUGAAAAUACAAGUAAAACCCUUCAUCCUGCCCAAAUUAAUGCUACUUUGUGUACUCAUUUAAUAGUAGCAUUUGCUCAAGUUCAAAAUAACAGUGUUUACUUCAAGAGCUCAUUUGAUAUGGAGAUUUUAAGACAAGUAGUGAAAUUACGUGAAAAAAACCCAAAACUAAAAGUAUUACUAUCUAUAAUACAUUUCUCAAAUGGUUCACACUCAAAUGAAGGAUUACCUGGUGUUGUUGCAAAUAAAGAUAACUUGGACAAAUUUGUCAAUAAUGUAGUAUCAGUUGUCAAUGAUUUUUACUUGGAUGGUAUUGAUAUAGACUGGGAAUUUCCUUCAUGGCCUUUGUUAAAUUUACAAGAAAAAUAUGGAUUUGCUAAGUUAUUGGAAACUUUACGUUAUCGUCUACCAGACUCUCUGUUAACUGCUGCUGUUGCUGCUCCAUUAAAUAUAAUUGAUAAUUCUUAUGAAAUUUAUUCAUUAGCAAGAUUUGUUGACUUUAUUAAUGUUAUGGCUUAUGAUUAUCAUUCAUACCAGUGGUAUUUCCCAUUAACUGGGCCAAAUUCACCUUUGUUUUCUUCACAUAAUGAAACUGGUUACUUAAAGAAUUUAAAUAUUAAUUCUUCUAUACAAUAUUGGAUUUCAAAAGGUAUGCCCAAAGAAAAAAUUUUGCUUGGCAUGCCUACUUAUGGACAUUCUUUUAAAUUAAUAAAUAAAGCCAAUAAUGGUUUUGAUUCACCAACUUCUGGACCUGGUAUUGGUAAAGAUGGUUUUAUAACUUUUCCAAAAAUGUGUGAAUUUAUAUCUCAUAAAAACGCCACAACUAUUUUUGACCAUGAUACCCGUACCCCAUAUGCAUAUCAUAAUAAUGAUUGGAUAUCUUAUGAUAAUGAAAAUAGUUUAGCAUACAAAGCAGAAUUUUCCACUUCUUUAGGUUUAGGAGGAGCCAUGGUAUUUUCAUUAAAUACUGAUGAUUAUAGUGGUUCAAGUCUAUGUUCGUCAUCAGUAUUUCCAUUAACUUCGAGAAUAAAAAUAGUACUAAAUGAUGACGACUUAUAAUCAAAUAUUUAAAUAAAAACUAAAUAGUGAAAACAAAGUUAUAAUAUUCAGUCUCUAAUAGUAUAUGCAUUUAAAAUAGUAUAAUUCUAUUUUGAAAAUUAAGGAUGAUAAGCUUAACAAAUUCAGUUUUAUUAUACGCUUAUGUAUCUACUCAAUAUUUAUUAUUAAUAAUAAAAAGAGUAUAUUAUUAGGAAACCAAAUAAGUAAUUCAAUAAUCAAAGGAAAAUCAUUUAAAUAAUAGC